AUGGCGGCGCCCUUGCGGCGGGCGCUGCUGGCGCUGGGCCCGCCGCGGUCCCGGCUCCCGGUGCCGGUUCCGUCCCCGGUGCGGCCCUACCGGGCGGCUCCGCUGCGCCGCCGCCCAGGCCCGGCACCGGCCGACCCCGAUGACCUGCGGGCGGCCGCGCGGCGGUUCGGGCGGCUCGGGGAGGCGUCGGGAGUGGCGGUGUGGCGGCUCUGGCCCAGCCCGGAGCAGCUGCGGGAGGCGGAGGAGGAGGAGCGCGAGUGGGACCCGCCGCUCCGGGAUGUGGAGGCCGUGCUGGAUCAGCGGGAGCGGGAGGAGGCGCGGCGGAGAAAGGAGAGGGAGGAGCUGGUGGCCCGCAGCCUGGCGGCGAUGCCGGCCCGCGUGGCCGCGUGGCGCCGGGACCGGGAGGCUGCUCGGGAGCGGGCGCGGGCAGACGCGGCGCGGCGGCAGCGGCUCCUGGCCGAGGCGGGGCUGGGGGGGCUCCCGCGGGCCGGGACCCCCGCCCGAGCCUCUGCCAGAGCCCAGGAGGUGCUGGACAAUCUGGAGCGGCAGCAGCGGCGGGAGGAGAAGCGGCGGCGGCGGCAGGAGCGGGAGGAGGCGGCUCGCAGCGCCCUGGCGGAGGCAGAGGCAGCGGCGGCUGCGCGGCCGCUCCCCGGAGUCGCCCCGGACAGCGACACGACGCCCCCAAAAAGCACCGGGGAGAGCGCCUGACCCCCCAAAAGUGCCUGGACUCCCCCCGGGACUCUCCCGUGAGCCCCCCAGGAGCGCUGGGACUACUCCUCCCGAGCCCCCCCUGUACAAAACGAGGACACGAAAUGGGUUUAAAACUCUGCAUUUAA